AUGCCUCGUGACAUCAAAAACCACCUUCUCUUUGAGGUUGCUACGGAAGUGGCUCACAAAGUUGGAGGUAUCUAUUCCGUGCUUAAGUCGAAAGCGCCAAUUACGGUCGCUGAAUAUAAGGAGCGUUAUACAUUAAUCGGACCAUUGAACUACCAACUGGCUCAAAUUGAGGUUGAAGAGUUGCCAGUUAAGGACCCCUUGGUCAAGCAAACUUUGGACUCUAUGAGUGAAAGAGGAAUCCGCUGGUUGUACGGUAGAUGGUUGAUCGAAGGUGCUCCAAGAGUGUUGUUAUUUGACAUUCAGCUGGCCGCCUACAACUUGAAUGAAUGGAAAUCCGACUUGUGGACCACUGCUGGUAUCCCUACUCCCGACCACGAUCAGGAGACCAAUGAGGCAAUCUUAUUGGGUUACUUGGUUGCGUGGUUUUUGGGUGAAUUGGUCUACCAUGAUAGAGAAAGAGCCGUUAUUUGCCAUUGUCAUGAAUGGCUUGCCGGUGUUGCAUUGCCUCUUUGUAGAAAGAGAAGAAUUGACGUCACCACCAUCUUCACUACUCACGCUACCUUAUUGGGUCGUUACUUGUGUGCCGGGUCUACCGAUUUCUAUAAUAAUUUGGCUAAUUUUGAUGUUGAUGUGGAAGCUGGUAAGAGAGGGAUUUAUCAUAGAUACUGUAUUGAAAGACUGGCCACCCACCUGGCUGAUGUUUUCACCACAGUUUCCCAUAUUACCGCUUACGAAUCUGAACAUUUGUUGAAGAGAAAGCCUGAUGGUGUUCUUCCUAACGGUUUGAAUGUUGUCAAGUUCCAAGCCGUUCACGAAUUCCAAAAUUUGCAUGCAAUCAAAAAGGCCAAGAUCAAUGAAUUCAUCAAAGGUCACUUCUACGGGAACUUUGAUUUCGACUUGGAUAACACCUUGUACUUCUUUAUUGCUGGUAGAUAUGAGUUCAGAAAUAAGGGUUGUGAUUUCUUCAUCGAAUCCUUGGCAAGAUUGAACCAUAAAUUGAAAGAAUCUGGCCUGAAAAUGACUGUGGUUGCCUUCAUCAUUAUGCCAGGUAAGACCCAUUCUUACACUGUGGAGACCUUAAAGGGUCAAGCCGUCAUCAAACAAUUGGAAAAUACCGUUGAAGAAGUGCAGAAGAAGGUUGGUGAAAGAUUAUUUGAACAUUGUGCUAGAUUUAACAACGCCAACUCCAAUCCAGGAACCAGUCACGGUCAAGAAGUGCCAUCCAUUGAUGAGUUGAUUAAGCCAUCUGACAGAGUUCUCUUGAAGAGAAGAAUUUUCGCUUUGAAAAGAGAUGGUUUACCACCUAUUGUCACUCACAACAUGGAAGACGAUUCCACUGAUCCAAUCUUAAAUCAAAUUAGAAGAGUUGAAUUAUUUAACAAGCCUGAAGAUAGGGUUAAGAUCAUUUUCCACCCAGAAUUCCUUAACGCAAACAAUCCAAUCUUAUCAUUAGAUUAUGAUGAAUUCGUUAGAGGUUGCCAUUUGGGUGUUUUCCCAUCCUACUAUGAACCAUGGGGUUACACACCAGCUGAAUGUACUGUCAUGGGUGUCCCAUCGAUCACCACCAAUUUAUCUGGUUUUGGAUGUUACAUGGAAGAUCUUAUUGAAAAUACCGAUGAUUAUGGUAUUUACAUUGUUGACAGAAGAAUGAAGUCAGUAGAUGAAUCCAUCAACCAAUUGACUCAAUGUAUGUUUGAUUUCACUGAAAAGACAAGAAGACAAAGAAUCAACCAAAGAAAUAGAACUGAAAGAUUGAGUGAUUUGUUGGAUUGGAAGAGAAUGGGCUUAGAAUAUAUCAAGGCAAGACAAUUGUCCUUGAAGAGGGCUUACCCAGAGAAAUUCAAGAAUGGUAACAACCCAUUCAGCAAUUCAUCGAACUUGAAAUUGACUCGUCCAUUAUCUGUUCCAGGAUCUCCAAGAGGAAAGAUUGGAUUAAUGACCCCAGGUGAUUUAGGAAGCUUACAAGAAGCACAACAAUCGUUGAAUACUGAAGAUUACAUUGGAUUCAAGUUGGGAAAUACUGAAGACAAGGACGAUGAUGAAGAAGGUGAAGGUGAUCACUACCCUUUGACGUUGAGGGGAAACUCAGCACCACCACAAGAUGAUGACGAGUAG